CGUUAUCAUGCGUAUUACUUUAUCUUCCUUUCUUACUUUGAGUUCAUUUACUAUUAGUAUAAUAGCUUCUCCGUCAGUUGAAUACCAGCAUCACUGUCAUCAUCAUCAUCAUUAUCAUCAUUAUCAUCAUCAUCAGCGAGUCAAAGGAAAGGUCUUUGAUCAUUUCCUUCAAGUCUGGUUUGAAAAUCAGGAUUUUGAACUAGUUAGUGAAUUACCUGCAUGGAAAACAUUGGCAAAAGAAGGUAUCCUUUUGGAUAGUUAUAGUGCGCUUACUCACCCAAGUGAACCCAAUUACGUCGCGGCUGCUGGUGGAUCUACUUUUGGCAUUACCAAUGAUGACUAUUAUAACAUUCCCAAGAAUAUUAGCACCAUUUACGAUCUCUUAGAAAAGAAGGGUUUGACUUGGAAGGUUUACCAAGAAGAUAUUCCCAGCGUUGGUUAUCCUGGAUACAAGAUCGGUCAAUAUGUCAGAAAGCAUAAUCCAGCCAUCAUCUUUGAUUCUAUUGCUCAAGAUCCUGCGCGAGCCAAAUUUGUUGUCCCUGGAAUUGAACUCGACAUUGAUAUUGCUGCCAACACACUUCCCAAUUGGAUGUUUUACACUCCCAAUAUGCUAAAUGAUGGUCAUGACACUAAUACUACUUAUGCAGGCGACUGGUUGACAGGUUUCUAUCAAUCUACUCUAAGCAAGCCUAAUCUGUCAAAUAAAACUCUCAUCUUGAUCACCUUUGAUGAAAAUCAUACCAAACCUAUCCGCAACCGUGUAUGGUCUCUUUUGCUUGGUGCCAUUCCUGAUCACUUGAAAGGUACCAAUGAUAGUACAUAUUAUACUCAUUAUUCUACCUUGCACACUGUGGAACAAAACUGGGAUCUUGGGUCAUUGGGUCGUGGAGACGCUAACAAGACAGACAACAAUGUUUUUGAUUUUGUCGCCAAGAAAAUUGGAUACAAGAAUACUGUUGUACCCGUUGAUCAAAUUCCUUUGUAUAAUAGUUCCAUCCCUGGACUCUUGACUGGCAAAUCCUUUAAUCAAACUCAUCCUAAAGGUGGUAUCCCUCCUCCUUAAGAUUACAUAGUAUAAUUUAUCCAUCCAUAUUAUUAUUAUUCCACUAUUGUUGAAUAAAUAAAAAAAAAAAGAACUUUAUAU